AUGAUGCAGCCCGCCGUGAAUCUCCGCGCCUUUGCUCGCCCUCCGCCGCGUGGCUUCGGAUUCUCCUGCGCUCGGCAGCCCGUCGCCGACCUGCCCGCCCGUCUUCGAACUCCGCCCCCCAGCAUCGGAAUCGGAUUCUCCUGCGCUCAUGUGGCCGCCGACGACGUGCCCGCCCGUGUUCGACCUCCGCCUCCCGGCUUCUCCCAUCCCAUCAACGUGCUCCCGCCAUCUCCCUGCAAGAUCCCCGUGCCACCGAAGCUCCCAAAGCGUGUCUCCGACAACGACGAGUCCUCCACGAAGCGUCAGCGGCUGUGCUCCGACUACGAAGACGACAUCUACGCCAACCUCCGGCGGACGGAGCAGAACCCAGAGGAGCGGCCGCGGCCGGACUACCUGAAGACGGUCCAGAAGGACCGGGUGACCCCAUCGGCACGAGCCCGCCUGAUCGGAUGGAUGGACGCGUUCGUCCGGCACCACGACCUCGUCGACGGCACGCUCCACCAGGCCGUCGCCUACGUCGACCGGGUCCUAUCGACGCGAGCCAUGAGCGCUCCUACCGACUACGAUCUCCGUCUCCUGGGCGCCGUGGCCGUCUUCGUGGCCGCCAAGUACGAGGACGGCCAGCGCACCGUGCUCAAGCUAGACCCAGACAAGAUCGCCUGGUACGGCGGGUUCGCCACGAGAAAGGAGGUGCUCGACAUGGAGCGCCACAUGGUGGCGGCGCUCGGGUACCAGCUCAGCGGCCCCACGGCGCACAUCUUCGUCAGCCGCUUCACGAGGCACGCCCAAGGAGAGGACGAGCUCAAGAUCCAGCGCAUAGCGCAUCGCUACGCCGACGAGUCGCUGCGCAACUACGCCUGCCUCGGCUACCUGCCGUCCCUCGUGGCGGCGUCGGCGAUCUACCUGGCGAGGUUCGCGCUAAGACGGCUGGACGUACGGCCGUGGAACGCGGCGUUGGAGGAGCUCACGGGGUACGGCGCCUUGGACUUGGCUCUCUGCAGGCGUGCUAUGUACUACUUCUCGGAGUCGCUCAGUUGUGACCCUCAAUGUUGA